GCACUCUCUGUUUUCUCCACUCAAUUCCCCUUUCUCUCUUUCUCUCUCUUUCUCUUGUUUUCAAAAUGUUUUUCUUUCUGGUUUCUUGUUUCUGUUUAAUUAUUCUAUCAAGGUUUUCCUUCCUCAAAACAUUCCCAUCUUGGAACUUCGAAGUGGGUUCUUAUUCAUUUCAAUUUUUUUUUAAGCACCUGUUAAGAACAAUCAUGAUUUCCCUCAGUCUCUGUCCUCUUGAUCGAAUGAAAAAUAGUGUCAUCAGUUCGAAAACAGAGGCUUUAGAAAAGAAUAAGAAGAAAGAUGAUGUUUGCUUAUCUGAUCUGCCAGAUUUGCCCUUGGAAUGCAUUCUUGAGAAGCUUUCUCCUGCCGGAUUAACAAGUAUGUCAGGGGUAUCCAGGUCUUUUCGGGCUAUGUGCACACAAGAUCAUCUCUGGGAGAGACACUUGAACCAGAAAUGGGGUAAGAUUUUGAUGGGUGAUUCUGUAUAUAAAGAAUGGCAAGCCUACAUUGACACCAAAAAGAAGCAAACCCUCUUGUCUUCAUCAAAUGGAAAAGGGUAUUUUCGGGUUUUCACUACUGGUUUCUGGUGGAAGAAAAAUGUGAAAUUGAACAACACCAGUAUUUGUUUGCCUGUCGAUUCGAUCAUGGCUUGGUAUCUCUCACUUGAAACCGGAAACUUUUCUUUCCCUGCUCAAGUUUACAACAGAGAGAAUGGAAAUGUUGGGUUUUUAUUGUCUUGUUAUGAUGCAAAAGUUAGCUACGAUUCCAACUCCGAUAGUUUCAAGGCGAGAUACUUGGCACACGGUAGGCCAACAACCGAGGAAAAUAUCAAAUGGGAAAGGCUAAGAUCGCCAGUAGUUGAUGCAUCACCAUAUGAUCUUCAUGUCUCUUCUUGUUUGACUGAUUUACAUCCAGGAGAUCACUUUGAGAUUCAAUGGAGGAAAUCUAAAGAGUUCCCUUAUGGUUGGUGGUAUGGUGUUGUUGGCCACUUAGAAUCAUGUGACGGAAACAAGCUUUAUUGCCAAUGUCAUCGUAGUGACACAGUUAUGUUGGAGUUCAAGCAGUAUGGCUUGGGAUCAAGAUGGAGGGAAGUGGUGAUAGAUAGAAAGGAUCAUCGUGAAGUAGGCAAUGAAGAAGAUGGAUUUUAUGCAGGAAUCAGAAAACUUUACAACGAUCAUGAGAUCUUGGUCUGGAAAGCCCUUUGGCCCACUAAGCCAUUGGAAUGAAUAACUUGAGUUAACUGUUAAGAACUUAUUGUAAAUAGAAUCAUGUUUAGGAAGAGAUUCUAGAAUUAGUAGGUUGUAAAAUUGUAAUGUAAGAGAUGAAUUUGGGAUCAGUUUUUGUUAGUUGAUGCACAUAUAUAUGUAUGAGAUAAAGUGCCAUUGUACAAAAAGGUUAGGGCUAAAGGAUAUAUAGGUGUAUAAGAAUC